UACAUAGUGUAGUCAUUUAAUUUUCUCCAGAAUUUAAAAUGAUAAAAUAUAAUACAUUCGUCUUGAGUUAUCAGUUAUUUUUAUCGUAGUUAAUUAGAAUUGCAGAUAAGAUGGUUUUGGUUUGUUUAAUACAUUCAACAAACGAGUCUCGCACAUCACGGUCGCCGAUUGACGCUUACGAAAAUGGCUAGUUUAUUGACGCAGAAAAGUUUAGUUAUUGGAAAGUUAACAAAAUAUGUUAAUGAUUGUGCGAAAAGGCUUUCCUCGCAUUUUAUUUACUAUCCCGAUAAUGAAAAACCGGUUUCAGGUGAAACAACUAAAAUGAAUAUGAUGCAAGCAAUAAAUAAUGCAAUGGACAUCACAUUACGGGACGAUCCAACUGCAGUGCUGUUCGGUGAAGAUGUUGGCUUCGGAGGAGUGUUUAGAUGUGCUCUCGGCUUGCAGGACAAGUACGGCAAAGACCGUGUGUUCAACACACCGCUGUGUGAGCAGGGUAUUGCUGGGUUCGGUAUUGGCCUGGCGACCGCAGGAGCCACCGCUAUAGCUGAAAUACAGUUUGCUGAUUACAUAUUCCCAGCAUUUGAUCAGCUGGUGAACGAGGCAGCGAAGGCGCGGUACCGGUCAGGCGGACAGUUUGAGUGCGGCGCGCUCACAGUGCGCGCUCCGUGCGGCGCUGUCGGACAUGGCGGACUCUAUCACUCACAGAGCCCGGAGGCGUACUUUGCGCACACGCCUGGACUCAGGGUGGUGGUGCCGCGCGGACCUAUCGCAGCCAAGGGUCUGCUGCUGGCCUGCAUCAGGGAGCGGGACCCCUGCAUCUUCCUGGAGCCCAAGAUCCUGUACCGGUCCGCAGCCGAGGAGGUGCCCGUGGAGGACUACACGCUGCCGCUCGGCAAAGCACAACUACUUAGAGAAGGCACAUCUGCGACGCUGGUGGGAUGGGGCACGCAGGUGCACGUGCUGCUGGAGGUGGCGCAGAUGGCGGAGGACCAGCUCGGCCUCACUGUGGACGUCAUAGACCUGCAGUCCAUCCUGCCCUGGGACGAGGACACCGUCUGCAAUUCUGUGAAGAAGACGGGGCGUUGUCUGAUCGCACACGAGGCGCCGCUCACCUGCGGCUUCGGCGCCGAGCUCGCCGCCACAGUGCAGGUAUACACAUACCUUACAUGUUCAACAAACAAUCGCACGCAACUUUCUCAACGCAGCAAUAAUAUAAAAAUGGAGGAGUGUUUCCUGCACCUGGAGGCGCCGGUGAGCCGCGUGGCGGGCUGGGACGCGCCCUUCCCCCACGUCUUCGAGCCCUUCUACCUGCCCGACAGGUGGCGCUGCUUCGCACAACUCAACAAACUACUGCACUACUGACGCACUACUUUACUACUUUACUCUCUUGCCCGUUUUUUAUGGUUUCUGUUAUUAUAAGAGAAAAUAAUUAAAUUUUACAAAUAUC